UACCACCACGGAGUACUAUAUAAUAUAUUAUAGAGAGAGAGAGAGUGAAAUAAAUAUGGAGGGAGAGUAGACUUAUCAAACAAGGGGGGAGCAAGGGAAGAAGAUAGAUAGAUAGAGAGAGAAAGUGUGCUUUUAGAGAGAGAAAAAUGGAGAAAAGGCUUACAGAAGCUGCACUGAAUGGAAGUGUCGAUUCACUGCUCCAACUUCUUGGAGAAGAUCCACUAAUUUUGGACAGAACCAUCGUUUCUUGCCACUCCGAAACUCCCCUACACGUGGCCUCCAUGCUCGGCCACCUCGAUUUCGUCAAGGAGAUACUGAGUCGAAAGCCUGAACUCGCCACCGAGUUGGACUCACAAGGCUGUUCGCCACUCCACCUGGCAUCAGCAAAAGGCCACCUCAAAAUAGUCAAAGAAUUGGUAUUGGUAGAUCCAUACACGUGUACGAUUCGCAACAUAGAUGGAAGAACAGCUCUUCAUGUGGCUGCGAUUAAAGGCCGAGUCGAGGUGUUGAAUGAGUUGGUCCGAGUCAACCCUGAGUCGACUUGGGUGUUGACGGAUCGAGGCGAGACGAUUUUGCACCUGUGUGUGAAGCACAAUCGGUUGGUGGAGUUGAAGUUGUUGAUUGCAUCGAUGAAGAAAGACUUGGAGUUGUUGAAUUGGAAAGAUUGCGAAGGCAACACCAUCUUGCAUAUUGCUGUGUCCAGGAAGCAAAUUGAGACCUCGAAGUUUUUGCUUUCUACCAAUGGAGUGGAAGUUAACGCUUUGAAUGCAAACAGUUCUACUGCUUUAGAUAUCCUAAAACACAGUCCAAGAGAUUUGAGAGAUAUGGAAAUUGAAGAUACACUUCGAGCUGCUGGAGCUUUAAGCGUAAAGGAUUUGCAUUUGAUCACGAAUGACUUGACUGCAGCAAAAGUCCCUCAGAUCACAAAACGACUGUCCUCGCAAGGGAUAUCAAAAAGACUGUCCUCGCAAGGGAUAUCAAAACGACUGUCCUCGCAAAGGAAAAGUUUGAAGGACCCAGUAUUGCAGCAUAAGCAUAAGGAUUGGCUUGGUAGGAAGCGGAACUCAUUGAUGGUGGUGGCAUCACUGAUAGCAACAGUGGCCUUUCAAGCUGGAUUAACCCCACCAGGAGGUGUCUGGCAAGAUGACUAUAAAGUAGACUCCAAUGGCAACCCUGUGAAGGACCCUCACUCUGCCGGGAAAUCCGUGAUGGCAGAUACCAAGCCACGUGAGUAUGGUGUGUUCAUGAUUUUUAACACGAUCUCUUUCCUUUCAUCUCUAAGCAUAAUUCUUCUACUAGUAAGCGGGCUACCUAUAAAACGCCGGAGAUGGACAUGGAUUCAAAUGGUGACAAUGUGGAUAGCAAUCACUGCGCUGGUAAUGACUUACUUUAUGGGUCUACGACACUUGUCGCCAGAUGAGAAAAAUGUCCAAAUGACACUGCGUGAGGUUACUGAGAUAUCAGUCUUGACAUGGUUAACGCUAAUGGCCGUUGUUUUCAUAGGAAAUGUUAUUCGCAUGAAUUUAUGGAUUCUCAGAAAGUAUGGGUAUAUUAAACAAAAAGAGUCACCUUUAGAGGAAAUUGAUGAUGACCAAGACGACGACGAAGAAAUUUGAGAUGAAUAUAAAGUGAGUACAUUCCUCUACUAUAUAGGUUGCCAGCUAUAUUCUUCUUGUUGCAGGUUUGUCUAUAUUUCUUCAACACUGUUUGCUUCACCUUUUCUGAAUGUGGGAUCCUAAAUGUUAUACAGAGUGUCAAAAGUAAAUAUUUGGCAUGUCUGGUUGUACAUCAGAAUUAGUGCGAGGUAGAGAUGCUAUGCUUUCAUUAGACACGCUGGAUGAAGAUUUUCUAUGAGAUCAUUUAUGUUCUUGGGUUUUUUUGCUAGGUAUGCUACACAAACAUUGUAAGUUUUCGAUCUGUAAAUUCUAGAAUGUAUUAAUUCGUUUCUGUAUUACUUUUUGAAUUUGAUUUUUGUAGAGCCCAAAAGCUCGUUCGAUAGGGUAGCUAUGUUUACACGUUGUGUCAACGCACUGAAAUCAUGUAAUUAGAGACAUGUUUGGGAAAGUAAACUAUUAAUUUGUAA